UUUGAUAACUUGUCUGUACUGUUCUUUAUAGAGUGAGUCUACCUGAAGUGACUACACUUCAGGAGAGGUGACGUAGUGUCAUAGAGGUGACAUAGCGUCUUGUGGAAGAUGCCUUCCAAUAAGUCUGUGUCGACGGCGCCGAUCACCCAGUUCGUCAACUGCAGGAUACUAAGAGAUCACAAGCUGCAGAGGUACGCACACGCACACACACAUACACACACGAGCAUGUGGAUAUGAACAUACAAACACGCUCCGUUACACAUGUAAAACAAAUACCGUAACACGUAAAACAAGCGUUGUUACGAUGUGUGUGUUACUGUGUGUGUAACAGGGUGUGUGUUGUUCCUGUCUUUCCUCCAGAGAGGAUCUGUGGGUGCGGGAAGGGAGGAUCCUAGACCCAGAGAAGUUGUUCUUUGAUGAGGAAGGCUACGCAGAUCAACGUGUAGACUGUGAAGGCCUCAUCAUCGCUCCUGGGUUCAUUGACGUUCAGAUCAAUGGUUAGUCUUUUUGGGGGAGGAGUGUCAAUUCACUCCUGGGACUAUGUCCCCAAUUCAAUUGCAGGUAUGGACUUCUUUAAGCUUUAUUGGAGGAGUGUUCCUUGAUAAAACCAACACAGGCUGCAAGUUGUUUCUCUCAUCAGAACAAGGAAGCCAUUGGAUACAGGAUUUUACAACCUCAACCAAUGAUCCAUUGUUUUACACCCACAGGAGGAUAUGGCAUCGACUUCUCGCAAGCAACCAGUAAUGUCAGAGGAGGUGUGGCCCUAGUAGCCAAGAAAAUCUUGGAGCAUGGUGUCACCUCCUUUUUACCCACCCUAGUCACCUCCCCUCCAAACAUCUACCACAAGGUAGGCACCACCUCUACACCUGUCCUCUCUCAACAACAUGUCCCGUUUCUCACCAUUGUCUCACAUACACUUUAUGACCAAAAGUAUGUGGACACCUGCUCGUCGAACAUCUCAUUCCAAAAUCAUGGGCAUUAAUAUGGAGUUGGUUCCCCCUUUGCUGCUAUAACAGCCUCCACUCUUCUGGGAAGGCUUUCCACUAGAUGUUGGAACAUUGCUGCGGGGACUUGCUUCCAUUCAGCCACAAGAACAUUAGUGAGGUCGGGCACUGAUGUUGGGCGAUUAGGCCUGGCUCACAGUUGGCGUUCCAAUUCAUCCCAAAGGUGUUGUCAUGCUGAAACAGGAAAGAGCCUUCCCCAAACUGUUGCCACAAAGUUGGAAGCACAGAAUCAUCUAGAAUGUAAUUGUAUGCUGUAGUGUUAAGAUUUCCCUUCACUGGAAUUAAGGGGCCUAGCCCAAAACAUGAACAACAGCCCCAGUCUAUUAUUCCUCCUCCACCAAACUUUACAGUUGGCACUAUGCAUUGAGGCAGGUAGCGUUCUCCUGGCAUCCGCCAAACCCAGAUUCGUCCGUCGGACUGCCAGAUGGUGAAGUGUGAUUUAUCACUUCAGAGAACGUGUUUCCACUGCUCCAGAGUCCAAUGGCGGCGAGCUUUACACCACUCCAGCCGACGCUUGGCAUUGCGCUGCUCAGCCAUGGAAACCCAUUUCAUAAAGCUCCCGACGAACAGUUCUUGUGCUGACGUUGCUUCCAGAGGCAGUUUGGAACUCGGUAGUGAGCGUUGCAACCGAGGACAGACGAUUUUUACGCGCUGCGCGUUUCAGCACUCGGCGGUCCCAUUCUGUGAGCUUGUGUGGCCUACAACCUCGCGGCCGAUCCGUUGUUGCUCCUAGACGUUUCCACUUCACAAUAACAGCAUUUACAGUUGACCGGGGCAGCUCUAGCAGGGCAAAUAUUUGACGAACUGACUUCUUGAAAAGGUGGCAUCCUCUGACGGUGCCACGUCGAAAGUCACUGAGCUCUUUAGUAAGGCCACUCUACUGCCAAUGUUUGUCUAUGGCGAUUGUAUGGCUGUGUGCUUGAUUUUAUACGCCUGUCAGCAACAGGUGUGGCUGAAAUAGCGUAAUCCACUAAUUUGAAGGGGUGUCCACAUACUUUUGUAUAUAUAGUGUAUGUCAUUAGUGUCGCCCAUUCAAAUGUGGGUUCAAAUAGUGUUGGUUUUCUUUCAAAUACUUCAGCUGUGGUGAAUUGAGCUUGUCUGGCGCAAUGUGAAUUGUUAGAUACUACUGCACUGUUGGAGCUAGGAACACAAGCAUUUCGCUACACCCGCAAUAACAUCUGCUAAAUAUGUGAAUGUGACCAAUAAAAUGUGAUUUGGAACCAAAUAUGUGCCAAAUAGUCUCAAAUAUGCAAACCACACCCACCUGGCCUGGCACUCCAGGCAGGCUCAAUCAAAUUCUUAUGUAUUGCUUAUGAAGGCAAUAUGUAUGCAUGUGUUAUGAAGUCCUUAAGCACGUACCGUUCAAGUAAAAUAUCUGUUUUCUAGGUCUUGACUGAGGUGAAAGUUCACAGUGGAGGAGUGGAGGGAGCUGGAGUUCUGGGUAAGGAUGCAGUCAGGAAGGACGUAGACAUGUCUGAUUGGUCCUUACAUCUGGACAUGAUAUCCAAUACUAUAUUCCAUAUAACUGUAUUGUGAUAGAGGAAAUGUUAUACAACAUAUUUCAGCAUAUCGCACUGUAUUAUCUAUUUUACUCCAUUAAACAUUGUCAGUAUUUCAUAUUUCUCCUGCAUUUCUUGUCCAUUUCGCCGUGUCUCUGUCCCCCUCCCCCCUCUCUCUCUCCCUCUCUCAAGGCUGUCAUCUAGAAGGUCCAUUCAUCAGUUUAGAGAAGAAGGGAGCCCACCCGGAGCAGUACCUGCGCUCCUUCGAGUCGGGCGGCAUGUCGGACCUGAUUGAGACCUACGGGACCCUGGAUAACGUUGCCAUGGUGACGUUGGCCCCCGAGCUACCCAACAGUGAGAAGGUGGUCAGAGAGCUGGCCCAGAGGGGCAUCACUGUGUCUCUAGGUAGGUGUAUUAUACUGGGAAUAGGAUACUCUUUAUGUAGGCCUAUGACAUCUGCUUAUGCAUGAUUUCAUUGUGAAGCAUCUAUGUAGGCCUUAUGCAUGUUUUAUGAAUAAUAUAUGUCAUAUGGUCAGAGAGCUGGCUCAGAGGUGCAUCACUGUGUUUCUAGGUAGGUGUAGUAUUCUGGGAAUGGGAAUAAAAUAUCCUUAUGUAUGACUUAGUUACUCCUCUUUGUGUGCAUGCUGGGUACUGGGAACGACAUAGCCUUUAUAAUGUAUGUAUUACAUCUGCUCCUAAAUGUUUUAUUAAGCAUCUAUAUAGGCCUUAUAAAGGGUUUAUGAAGACUUAUUUAAAACAACAGAAAACCAGGCUGUUGAUGCAAUCCCAAUAGACAUCUCCUGUCUGUAAGCAGGAAGUUGCCACGCUGUGUAGGAUGAUGUGAUAUCGCUAAGUGUACCUGUCAACGUAUUCCAAGUGUAGGACACUCUGUAGCCAACCUGUCCCAAGCUGAGGAGGCAGUGCAGCACGGAGCUUCAUUCAUCACACAUCUCUUCAAUGCCAUGCUGCCUGUGAGUAAUAGAACAUAGCAUCAUAUUGUAUUAUGUUUUCCGUUUAGCACAUUUUUUGUAUGUACUGUAUAUGUUAGUGUAGUAGUAUGUGUAUGUGAGUGUAGUACAAUCCUCUGUUUCUCCCUGAUGUUUUACUGGACAACCCUUAAAGGAGAAUCUUUCUUUUUUACAACCAAAGACACUUUUUGUGCGAUUUCACUUUCAACUUUAUCCGCAAUGUUAUAAUCCAUUUUGUUGCAACUUGAUCGAUACCUCUCCGUCCAUUCUAGCAGCAGGCUACACUGAGUAUGGAACAGCUGGAUAGGGGAAACAGCUAGAGACGUACAAAAUGGAAUAUAAUGUUGCAUAUAAAGUUUGGAAUGACACAAUUUCAUGUGUACAACAUCUAAAGACCUGCAUGACUACACUGAGAGUGCUUCUGUUUCUCAAACCAUACAGUAUAAAUGGGGUCAAUGAGUAACCUGUCCACCUCUGGGUGUGGUCAGCCAGAUCACAGACAUGCUGUCUACACUAUGGUGUUGGCCACGUGCUUCAGAUGCCUUGCCAAGUCUAUUCAACUGCAGUUUCACAAUGCUACUGUAAUAAUGUCAUGAAAAGAUUAUGUCUCUCUCUGUUGCCAUGGCGACCGUGGUGGGUUAGUUCCACCAUCGAGACCCGGGCAUCGUGGGUCUCCUCACCAGCGACCAGGUUCCCCAGGACCGGACGGUCUUCUACGGAAUGAUUGCUGAUGGCAUCCACACCAACUCUGCCGCCCUGCGUAUCGCCCACAGGGCACACCCUACAGGUCUGCGUAGGAACUACAUGCACGGCUUCUGUGUGUGUGUGUGUGUUUGCUCUGAAGUCUCACUGUGUGUGUGUGGGGUUGUGUUGGAGUGUUUAUUGGAGUGUUCUGUUGUAAUGCUGUGGGUUCCAGUCUUGAAACCAGAAAUUGUUCAAAUGUCAGGUAUAAUAUGCAUACCAGUUGCAAGAAAUCUAUGGCUCUGGUUGUGUUGGCUCAAUAUGUGUUUGUCCUGCAGGUCUAGUGUUGGUGACUGAUGCUAUCACAGCCAUGGGUCUACCUCCUGGUCGCCACACCUUGGGUCAGCAAGUCAUUGAGAUCCAGGGGCUCCAUGCUUAUGUAGCAGGUCAGAAUCUCUUUUGUAAGGUGUGAACAUAACUUUUCCCCAAAGCUGUCUCCCGAAAACAACUCUGUCUUUACUCAUAGGCACCAAUACGCUCUGUGGCAGUAUAGCCACAAUGGACAUGUGUGUCAGGCACUUCAAACAGGCUUCAGGUGAGUGUGUGUUAAUUAGCCCUUUUACUGUCUUACAAAAGUCAUUCAGUCCUAAAUAUGUGGUUACUUACUACAUGUGUGUGCACAUGUGUGUGUGCAGGGCAGGACUACCACCUUUCGGGCCCUGGGUCACCGACCUCCAGGGGGCCCCCACCCCCUUUUAGGAAAAGAGCUAACUUCCUGCAUUUCAACAUAAAACAUUUUUUGUUGCAGUUUUAUAAUGCUAUUGUUCACAUUUUGCCAUGAGGCUGAGAGACAAUUAAGCAGUUUUAAAUCAAAUGUCCUGCUAUUCUAAACAUUUUUGCCAUGAGGCUGAGAGAGAAUUUUGCAGUUUUUAAGCACAUUUUCUGCAAUUCUACACAUUUUGCUAUCAUAUGCUAUCUGGGGGGCCCCUGACCUCCAGGCUCCCUGGAGGUCGGGGGCCCCAGAGCACAUGCCCUGCAUUCCCAUUCGGUAAUCCGGCCCUGUGUGUGUUUUGUGUUGACAGGCUGCAGUGUGGAGGAAGCUCUGGAGGCAGCGUCGCUCCACCCAGCUCAGCUCCUGGGCAUCAGCCAUUGUAAAGGCACCCUGGACUAUGGGGCAGACGCAGGUGAGAAAGUCAACAGCAGAGGGCGCUCUCGCUCUGUCUACUCCAGGGGUGUCAAACUGGAGGGCUGAAUAUCUGCGGGUUUUCUCUCCGCCCUUGUACUUAAUUGAUUGAUUAAGGUCAUUGAUUAGUUAGGAUUAGUCUCCUCAACUGGUUGUGUAGGUCAGGGGUUUUCAAACCUCUCCUCGGGGACCCCCAGCUGUUCCAUGUAUUUUUACUAUUCCAAAUUGUGAAAUGUCUGGGGUUCCCCAAAGAGACGUUUGAAAACAACUGGUCUAGGUCUUGUGUGUGUGGUGUAGGAAGAAGCACUAAAUAGUAAAACGUGUCCCCCUCUCUCCUCCGUUAGAUCUCGUUCUGCUGGAUGAUGCUCUCAAUGUCAGAGCCACCUACAUCGCAGGCCAGGAAGUGUGGAGGAAGUGACAUCAUAAUAAUCAGUCCCCUACCGCCGCCCCACCUACGUGGAACAAAUGGGGAUGUCCCAAAUGGCACCCUAUUCCCCAAAUAGUGCCCUACUUUUGACCAGAACAGAGCAUCAUAAAGGGAAUAGGGUGCCAUUUGGGACACGGACAAUGCCUGGCUGCAUUGUGCUGGACACUCAUCUCAGACCCUAGAUGGCACCACUCUAUAAGAAGAAUUUGUGAUGUGGCACAGAGAAGUGCACUAUGUAGGGAAUAGGGUGCUAUUUGAGUUACAUGCUGGUAAAAUGGAGCCACUUGUAAAAUGCUACAGUAUAGAAUGCUAUAGUUUUUUGGGGGGGCUACAUUUUUUAUUGACAUUUUGCAUUAA